UACAGCAAGUCAGGUCGCGCAAAGUGCAACGGUCCUGCACCUUGCAAAGGUACUCCUAUUGACCUCGGAGCCCUUCGCUAUGGACAAGUAGUUCUCGGGGAAUACGGCGAACAGGUAAAAUGGAGGCAUUGGGGCUGCGUGACGCCUACCAUCCUACGAAAUCUAGCCAUUACGGACUUGGAGUAUAUACCCGGCUUCCUUAGCUUGAAGCACGCAGACCAGGCUAAGAUAAGGCAAGCUAUUGCGCGUAAGCAGGUUGACCCUGCAGACGUUCCCGCGUCAGCGCAGACGUAUGCCCCUCCACCCGAAAGAAACACGUCUACUGCAGCGAAUAAAAAGAGGAAGGCUGCUACAAGCCCUGGAACUGGUUCUUCGCAGGCUCAAGCAUCUGGGCUGACACCUAGCGAUGUCGUUGACCUGAUAAGUGACGGUGAUGAAGAUGGGCAGCAAGAGACAAGGGAUGAGCUUUACUGUGUUAUGAAGACCCAGGUAGUCGGUGUGCAGUAUUAUCAUGGCAUGGUUGGCCCUGGGGAGGAGGUUACUCUGCAAAGAGAGCCCCACAAUCCGUACGAUAGAUGGGCAAUACAGGUAAAAAACAUUGGCGGGACGCAGGUCGGGCACUUGCCCCGUCAAGUAGUUACAAAACUGAGCCCGCUUAUGGACCGGGGGCUAAUCAGUGUAGAAGGUAUUAUGCAUGAAGGAAAUUUGCACAGAAGGACAUACUCCAUGUCGAUAGACCUAAAAAUUUACGGUGCUUCUGAUAGGCGCAACGAACUAGAGCGGCAACUUAUCUGGGCAACACCUGGUCAACGAGGGUUCCCUCCUGCUAGGGCAGAUGGCGCUCGUGAGAUCCCCGGCCAGUCGCAGGCACCACGAACACAUAAUUAUUCCGCGUACGAUGAGCCUGAAAUGUCUUUUGGUCAUAGACUUUCUCCAGAAGAAAUACAGAAGUUGCAAGCUCAGCAAGCGGAACUGAUAGAGGCAUCGCGCAAGGCUGCAGAGCUAAACUCAAUCAUCAGCAGUCUAGAGAAGGUUGACGACGAGAAUCGUAGAAACUCGCUCUUAGAUAAGUUAUGCUCCGAGGAAGAUGCCAUCGAACUACCGGCACAUCCAACCCCACCUGGAUUGAAUGCAGGUGAUUUGCUUGUCGAUCUUCUGAAACAUCAGAGUCAAGGCCUUCAGUGGUGUAUUAACCAUGAAUAUCCUAAACUACCGAAGACAGAAAAGGAUAAGCCUGUUCAGUUCUGGCAACUUCGAAAAACUGGCAACAAGACUUAUUACUAUAAUUUGGCCACAAAGACACCACAGGAAGCGGUACCUGUUUUAGGUAGAGGAGCACUCUGCGCGGACAGUAUGGGCCUGGGGAAGACAUUAACAAUGCUCGCGCUCGUCCUUGCUACGAAGUCCGAUGUACCAAAAGAGUUUUCCCGUGCGACACUGAUAGUGGUGCCUUUGUCGCUCAUCUCCAACUGGGAAGGCCAAAUUAAAGAACACUGUGCUCCCGGCUCACUGAAAUACCACGUCUACUACGGUGCAGGAAGGUCUACCAGUCCCGACCGUUUGAGGAAGUACGAUGUUGUUAUUACCACUUACCAAGUCGUUGUGGGCGAACAUGCUGGCAGCGGAGCCGCACGUAACGAUUCAGGAUCUUCUAAGCGACAAAAGACAGGUUCAGGUCUGUUCGGUGUGCAGUGGAAGCGGAUUGUUCUCGACGAAGGGCAUACAAUUAGAAAUCCUCGGACGAAAAUGGCCCAAGCCGUCUGCGCGUUAGAAGCCCAACGUCGCUGGGUAGUGACAGGAACUCCAAUUAUCAACUCGCCAAGGGACCUCGGCUCUAUUCUAUCUUUCUUGCAGAUUUGCAAACCAUUGGAUAGCGAAGACUUCUUUAAGCGCUUGCUUUUGCGUCCAUUGAAGGAUGGAAUGGCCGAAGGUUACCAGCUACUUCGAGCGCUAAUGAGUCAAAUCUGCCUCCGUCGUACCAAAGAGAUGCGUGGCAGCGAUGGAAAGCAACUCGUUCCUCUCCCAGGAGUUGAGAUGGUUACUAUUCCUGUCAAGCUCGACCCUUCAACGAGGGGGCUCUAUGACACGAUCGAAGAAUUGUCCAAGCAGAAGUUCCAGAACCUAAUGGACCGGGAAGACGGCAGAACUGCACAUACUAGCAUCUUAAGUAUGCUCACCCGGCUCCGUCAAGUUGUUCUCCAUCCAGGCUUGAUCCCUGUUGAUUAUGUAGAGCAGAUGCAGAACUCUAUCGACGACGAUGAACAGGACAUCAAGCCUGGGAAGCUUGUAAAGGUUACACCUGAGCUUAAGCUUCGUCUACAAGCAAUAUUAGCACAGAUGAUUGAGGACAGCGAAGAAUGUCCCAUUUGCUUCGAAGUGCUGAAUGACCCAAGGAUUACGGGUUGCUCACAUGCAUUCUGUCUCGAGUGCGUAACUGAAAUCAUCACACGAGACGCGAGGUGCCCAAUGGAUCGCAGACAAAUCACCAUGGCAGACCUCGUCGAGCCUGCACCUCCCAGUGAACUGACGCAGGUAUUCCCGAAGAAAGAAUCGAACUACGGCGAGAACAAUGCAUUGCGAAGCGAGUCCUCUGCGAAGAUAGAGCAACUCGUUCAUCUCCUACAGCUAACUCCGAGUAACGAGAAAUCUCUUGUUUUCUCUCAGUUCACAUCAUUCUUGGACAAGAUCGAGGUGGCCUUAAAUGAAGCCGGCAUCUCGUUUGUGCGCUUUGACGGAAAGAUGUCGGCAAAGUCACGUCAAGAAGUACUUGAAGUGUUCACCGUCCCGAUCCGAGAAGGUCAAGAUGCUGUGCAGCUUUCAUCUCCACCAUCCUCAGCUCCGUCUCGCAGCGGUCGACAAAAAGGCAAGAGCAAGACAAUCGUUAUAGACGGCUCCAGCGAUACGGAGGAUAGUAAAGACGAUGACUUCGCCGAUGGUCCUAGUGAUGUUGAUUCGGACGACACUUUCGUGUAUGACCAUGAUGAUUUCUCGCAGGAAGUUAAGAAGGCCAGGGCCAAGAACAAAGGAAAGGCUAAAGCCAUGUAUACCAACUCACAGUGGUCUGGUGUGGGUAAAACAAAUCCCAAGGUCAUGCUCAUCUCUCUUAAAGCUGGUUCUUUGGGUCUCAACCUCACCGUUGCAAACAAUGUUUAUCUAAUGGACCCUUGGUGGCAAGAGGGCAUUGAAAGCCAAGCUAUAGACAGAUGCAACCGUAUCGGACAAACAAAAAUGGUACACGUCUACCAACUCAUAGCCGAGAAUACCGUCGAGUCAAAAGUUCUCGACAUUCAGGAGAGGAAAAAGAAACUUAUCAGCGAGGCUUUCUCUGGUAUCAAAAAUGCGAACACGAUUAGGCAGAAGAGGGAAGCUCGCAUGCAAGAUCUCAUCGAGCUCUUUGGUAUACGUCAGCGGGCUGCGAGCAAGUCACAAUAUACCUUGGACCGAUACGCCGCUUCUAGCAGCCGCACUUAG